AUGCAUGAUGCUAAGAGUGUUACAGUUCCCUUAGCUGCUCAUUUUAAGUUCACAGCUGAUCAAUGUCCUGAAACUGAAGCAGAAGUAAAACUUGGGAGCACAGUGAGUUGGAAGCCUCAUCAGUACCAAGUUAUUGCCUUGUCCACGUCUGAAGCUGAAUUCAUGGCAACUGUAGAAGCUUGCUUGUUGAAGUUACUUGAGCUAAAUCAUCAUGAGCUUUCCUUAUUACUACUCCUCCAGAACACAUCCAGCAAGCAAAAGAAGAUCACUUUGAGAGUUUUGAGAGCUUUGAGUGUGGUUGUACAAGGGGUUCUCGGGUUUGGUUCUAAGGAGAAACUAGGUGAAGGAGGGUUUGGCACUGUGUAUAAAGGACAACUUUCUAGUGGUCCCUUUGUUGCAGUCAAAAUGUUGGGAAAAUCCAAGAUUAACAAUGAUCAAGAUUUCAUUAAUGAAGUUGCUACAAUAGGAAGAAUUCACCAUGUCAACAUUGUAAGAUUAAUUGGGUUUUGUGUUGAUGGUACAUGGCGGGCUCUUAUAUACAAAUUCAUGUCUAAUGGAUCUCUAGACAAGUACAUUUUUUCACAAGAGACUAUGAAUAAUAUAGUCUCCUUGAGUUUUACCCAAGUAUUAUUUGAGAUCUCACUUGGAAUAGCUCAUGGUAUUGAGUACCUUCAUCGAGGAUGUGGUAUGCGUAUUCUUCAUUUUGAUAUUAAGCCUCACAACAUUCUAUUGGACGAAAAUUUUAUCCCAAAAGUUUCUGAUUUUGGGCUAGCAAGAUCAUGUUUGUUGGAUAAUAGCUUAGUAUCUUUAACUGUUGCAAGAGGAACCAUGGGAUACAUUGCUCCGGAAUUGUUCUAUAAAAAUAUUGGAAGAGUAUCGAACAAAUCAAAUGUGUACAGUUUUGGAAUGUUGUUAAUGGAAAUGGAAAAUCGAAGAAAAAAAUGUGAAUAGACAUACAGAAAACUCAAGCGACAUUUAUGUUCCCUUAUUGAUACACAAGCAACUGAACGAAGGAAAGAAUGUAAAAAUAGAUGACGAACAUGUCAGUGAAGAAGAAUCAGAGACAAUAAAAAAGAUGGCCAUAGUUGCAUUGUGGUGUAUACAA